AAUACUGAAUGCAAUAUUGUGCAUCGAUAUUCUUAACUACGCUAUAAGACCGUAUGUCGACUAACAUAGUUCAAUUAAUAUCUUAAGCUUACUCAGGGAAUGCAUCGUAUGCAUAAUUAGAUAAACAAACGAAUGAAAACUAAUAAAUAAAGAAGUAUUGUCGAUAUUUAAGCAAUAAAAAUUCGAAAAUAUCUAAAUUUUAUUCUCGUUUGCAUCUCGUUGAUUGCUUUGACGUGUUUAGGGCGUGUGUGAUUCGUGUCAUCGCGAAAUUUAGACGAAUUUUUUUAACGGAAACAAGUGUAAAAACAAAAUUUAUCAUUAUGUGCGCAAAAAUGGCUUUUCAACAUCAAGCGGGCACUGCGAUGGAAUGCCUGAGUAUACCAAUAACUUUGCAUAAAGAAACUGAAGUUAAUGAAAAUGGAGAAGAAGUUAUGAAAUGUGGAUUUAAAAUUGGAGGAGGAAUAGAUCAAGAUUUUCGAAAGAGUCCACAAGGCUACACGGAUAAUGGUAUAUAUGUAACUGAAGUUCAUGAAGGGUCACCAGCAGCUAAAAGCGGUCUUAGAAUGCAUGACAAAAUUCUACAGUGCAAUGGAUACGAUUUCACAAUGGUUACUCAUAAAAAAGCUGUUUCUUAUAUAAAGAAACAUCCAGUAUUAAAUUUAUUGGUAGCCCGCAAAGGCGUAACCAGUACUUAAGUUGGACCAAACAAAAAAUAAAAGAUAAUAUUUAUUUCAUAUUUCAUUUUGAUAAAACUGAUUCAUUUGAGCAUCGUGUCAGAUAAAUGUCAGAUAAUGAGCAACAGCAUAAGACUCAUCAAGGUCAGUGUUUUCAAGAUAAUGUAUUAAUUGAAUCCAUAUCUAUGUGAUAAGAAAAAAUUUUGAUGAUCGAAUUCAACAAUUUUUAACAAUACGGAAAUUGUUUUAUAAUAUCAAAUAUUAUCAUAUAACAUUUAUGAACUGUACUAAAAUCACUGAAUGACACGGUGCAAUGUGAUGUUUUCCGUUUUCUAAAGACUUUAUUUUUGGUAACAAUAAUUUAGUUAUAUUAUAUAAUCAUGAAUACUUUAAUGAUUAAUAAGUCUCAGUAUCAGGCAUAAAAUUAAUUAAAUUUGACUGCACUGUGGAUAUAACAUCGAGCCAUUAGAUCAAUGCGAUUAUAUAAACAUCCUGUUAUAAUUUAUUGUUGUUGAUAAAAAGUAUGAAUUAUAUGUACACCAUCUGAUGUGCACCAUUAAUGUUAUUAACAGUAUGAAUUUGAUACGUUAAAAAAAUCGUUAAAAUUAUACUAUGAGUAUAAUGAAACAAAAAAAAAUUUACGAAGAAUUUUAAAGAAUUUUCAUAAUCUAAAAAGGUGCCAAAUUUUCAACGUAUUAAAAAUUUCUUAUUACUAUAAUUAAGUAAUAUACAACAAAAGUUAUUAUAUCAAGAAAUAUUAAUCUUAUUCUACUUAAUUUUAUAAGUAAGACAAUUAUGAACACGUGUUUUUAGCAUUGUCUUAUACAAUAAUCCACGAUUAAAAAUAUGCCUGAAACGGAACAAACGAAGGCCAAAGCGUUUCAAUAGAAUACAAACUUAAUGCAUUUUUUAAACAAUUUUGAAAUUUCUACAGAAAAAUUAUAGUAUCCCUAUUAUACUAUAAGAAACGAUUGUAAAGAUCGUUUACAAGAAAUAUGAUGGAAAUAUCUAAAAUACAAUUUUAUUAUGACUUACAAUUUUACAAGAAUGUGAUUAAGUAAUAUAUGAGAUUUAUUAGACAAGAAAUAUUAGGGUGCACGUAAUAGCGGAAUUUCUAAGCAUUUCAUAAAUUAAGAUAAUUAUGUUUUUUUUGUAGUAUAACUACAUUAACACAAGAAUGCUUCACAAAAAAUCAAUAAUUUAUUUUUAUUCCCAAUUAAAAUUUUAAAGCUUUUAAUACUUUUAUACGAGCGUAAAAAUAAUGUUUUUUUUUUUUUACUUUACUAUUGACUUCAGAUACAUUACAUAUUAUAAGUGAAAAAAAAAAAGAAACAGAACAAAAGUUCCUGCACCAACGCGUGACUUCCUUUUCUAUUUCCAAUUAUAAUAGUAAAGGCACUGUAAAUGCGCUGCUUCUCAUUACAUCAUAAAUAUAAACUUUAAGCCAUAACUGUGAAGACUAGUCUAUAAACAUCAGAACUAUAAAAGUUCAGUCACAAACGUAAAAUACAUUAAUUAUUGUAUAUGAUACAAUGUAUGUGGGAAAAACUAUGUAAUAGAAAGCCCAUAAUGCUAAAAAUUAGGUCCACUAUUUUGGUGACAAAGUAAAAUUGAUUUGUAACAAAAUAUCAAGAUUAGUUCACAUACAAUGUUAUAAGAAAUGUUACUCUUUUAAUGUUGACAUAGAUACACAAAGACCUUUUUUUAGACCUUGAAGAAAGCAAUUCUGUGUUGUAGAUACUAUCAUAUAUAUAUUGCUUACAAUGAGUUUUCUAUAUCUAUACAUAUAGUAAUUAAUACUAUUAUCAUUCAUACCUAUUUAUUUUUAAAUAUCAAAUUACUAUACUUUCAGUACGAACAUAUGCUGAUAUUCGUAUAUAUAUUUUUUAUACAUCACGAUAUAAAAGUAGAAAUACUUUUCCAAAGAACCAAAAUAUUUGACCUGAAGUUUAUGCUGGGGCAAUACGACGAUUUAAAAAGCCAGCUUUUAAUAAACAUUGUUUUUCAAAAUGGUUGGCACAGUUAGUAUAUUUGCGAGUAUGUAUCAUAACUCCUCAUAUACACGAUUAAGGUACAAAUACCGUGUUCUGCAUAACGAAUUUAUAAACUUUUACAUUAUGAUUCAAUCUAUUAUACAACAUUUCGUAUUGAUUUAUAUAUUUUUUAUUUUGUCACACGAAUUGUAGAUGAAUACCGUGAUGUUAUUAAAAAAAAUACCAAAGAAAUUGUUAAAAAUA